AUGAGCCUCCAGACCCCACCCACACUCCUGGAGCUGGCAGGAGAGAGCCUGCUGAGGGACCAGGCCUCAGCCAUCUCAGCUCUGGAGUACCUGCCCGCUGAGCUCUUCCCGCCGCUGUUCAUUCAAGCCUACCAUGGGAGAACCUGGCAGCCCCUGACAGCGAUGGUGCACGCCUGGCCCUUCACUCUCCUCCCUCUGGGGGGCCUGAUGCAGCUGCCUCCGGUCAUGGUCUUAAAAGCCAUAUUGGAUGAGCUAGACGUUCUGCUUGCCCAGAAGGUUAGGCCCAGGAGGUGGAAACUGCGGGUGCUGGAUUUAAGGAACAUGGGUGACAACUUGUGGAGAAUGUGGUGUGGAGACAGCACCCAGAAGUGCUCACUUACGGGACCAGUGGCUGUGCACAGCUCCAGCCCCGACAUGGAGCACCCCUUGGCUCCCUUGGAGGUGUUCCUAGACCUUGACUUCAAUGAAAGGGACCGGGAUAGGUCUUUCAUGUACAUCAUCCAAUGGGCCCAGCAGAGAAAAGAGCUGGUCCACCUGUGCUGCAAGGCGCUGAGGUUUUUUGAUGUGCCCUUCGAGAGGGCCCGGAAGGUCCUGGAUGCGGUGCAGCUGGACUGCAUCCAGGAGGUGGAAGUGGACUACCCCUGGGACCUGCCCACCCUGGGAUCGUUUGCUCUCUACCUGGGUCAGAUGAGUAACCUUCAGAGACUCUCUCUCUCCCACAUCAACCUGUUGGCCGAGGAGGAAGAGCAUUGGGUCAGCAAACAGCAGGAGGAGCAGCGAUCCUUUUCCCAAUUCCUCACUCAGAUGCGCAGGCUGCAGCACCUCCGAGACCUCAACAUGGAGUCUCCCUCCUUCCUCCGAGGCCGGCUGGACCAGAUGCUCAGGUGCCUGCAGACGCCCUUGGACAAACUCUCCGUAUGGUUUUGCUGGCAGCUGACACAUUCAGACCUGAGACACCUGUUCCAGUGCCCGAACCUCAGGCAGCUGAAGUCCCUGCGUCUGUAUGGCGCCAACCUCACCAAUUUUAGUGCCAAGCCCCUCCGAGCUCUGCUGGAGGCAGUGGCACCCACCCUCCAGGACCUGCAACUGGAUAACUGUGCGAUGGUGGACUCCCAAGUCGAGGCCAUCCUGCCUGUCCUGAGCCGCUGUCACCAGCUCAGGAAGUUCACCAUCUCUGAAAACAAAUUUUCCAUGGCCACCGUGGAGAAGCUGCUGCGCCACACAGCCGGGCUGCGCAGUUUAGAGUUCGAGUUGUACCCCAUCCCCCUGGAGUGUUACAGGACCGAGGGGACUGUGGACCAGGAGAGAGUUGCUCUGAUCCAGGCUGAGCUCAUGGAGACACUGAGCGAGUUAGGACAACCCAGGACCAUCCGUCUUCACACCAAGUACUUUAGCUCUGGGGACUUUUAUCUCGUGGCAUUUUCAUGA